AUGUCAGACUAUACUCCUUCGAUCAAAGCAUCUUUCACGGGUGAGGGCGCCUCCCAUGGUCCGAUCCCAUGUGACCGUGGCCCUGACUGUCGAGGAAACCAGUGGAUUGCACCCACCGAGACUCGUCGCAAAGUACGGAACAAGAACCCCAACUUACCCGACCGCACUGUCUGUUGCCCAUGUUACGAGUAUUAUUGCAACAAGUCUUCCUCGACAGUGUCUGCUCGCAAUGGAGCCACUUCGGCUCAGCCAACACCCAGCAUGCUCCAGGAUGCCGCCAUCAUUCGACGGCAAAACAUUGACGCUCGCGUGAACAAUAGUGCACCAAAGGCCAACGAUCAGCUCGUUGCCAUUGCUCCUGGAUUAAUGGGUCCUCCAGCUCGCAUUACUGGUCCGCACAUCUCGCUUCCAAAUAUGGGCGGCUUUGCGCUCCCUCUGCCGCCACCACAGCAGCCUGUGUACUCUAGUAAGGGAUAUUCCGCAAACCAUGCGCAGUAUUCUGCCGCUCGGGCGGGAUGGGCCCAUGCUGCGUAUGCUGGUGCUACCCCAGAGACGAUUUCUCUUAUCAUCGGAGUGCGGUAUGAGAUCCUGGGCAAGCCCAAGGGCGGAACGUUUGGGGCCAUCAGCGAGGGCGUUGUAGUAGAUGCUCGUGCUACACCACGAACAAUCAUCCAGACUGUGUUUGACAAUGUCUACGGAAAGCUCCGGGUGCAAAUCCUUCGAGACACCAAGAACGGGUUUGAGUUUGACACAACCAACUUCACCGUUCGUGACGUUGCCAAGUGGAUCGACUUGAAGCGGAUCACUGGGGAUUUGUUUGAUGCUCCAUUUUACUAUGCUUCAUGUUUCAAAACGGGCCGGGCAAAGGCGGAAAAGGAUCGAAAUAUCAAGGUUUUCACAUCACCUGCUCCGAUCUCCGUGGCACUGGUGAUUGAUCUUGGUGAAUGGCUUCGACUCACCGACUUUUUGGAUGAUAUGCAGAUCGCCGAAGCUGCAGAGUCCGGAUCUGCCACUGUAGAUGGGAAACAACCGGUGACUAGGAAAUCCUCUCGGAAGGCUUCAACUCUAAGGAGUUAUCGACGCACGACUCGCAGCUCAACACGAUCAUCUGCCUCAACUUGCUCAGUGCAACAAAACCCUAGUCAUGUUUCCUCAACGGAAGGAUCCACCGCUACUUUCGAUGCCGAACAAGUGGCCAGUGCAGUAACCUUGAUCCGCACCAGAUUUGGCUCAUCCGCGCUCUCCGAUCUUGCUCCUGGUAAUUCAUCAUCGUUGAUUGGCGGUCAUCUUGCUGGAGCGUCAUGGGGAACAAACGAACUCCGCCCUGUUACGCCACCGCAGUCUCUUUCUCGCAAGCGAUCUGCACCUGAGUAUCGCUCUCCGGAUCAACAGCGAUUGAAGAAGGCGCUCAGCGAGGGAGGGUCAUUGAAAAAGGCGGGAAACGCUCCCUUGCACAUCUCUGAGCACAUCGAAUUUUAUCGCAUCCUCCCAGUUGAUCUUCAUGAUCUCCUCGAGAAUCCGAGCUUCUUCACCUGUGAUAUCAAAGCAGCUGAGUUUGGUACGCUGUCCAUGGUCCCCUCCGAAGAGCCUUUGGGCGUUGGCAGUUUCAAGUCGGCGCACAAUGCACGGCUGAAUCUCAACAUCGUGUCAACGGGCAACAUCUUGGGAAGUGUCCCCAACCAGCAUGUGGCAGCAAAGCGGAUGUUCGAAUUGUGGAGUGAGGACAAGGAGCGUCUAAGGCGAUUUGCUCCGCAGCAGGAGUACAUCCAGACCAUCCGCGAGGCUAACAUCCUGGUCUGGGCCGUCUCCCUCCUUGAAUUUUGUUAUGCGUUCAUUGCAGACUUCAUCAAGAAGAACGGUAAGCCUCCGGCGGACUUGAAGAUGUUCAACAUUCGAUUUGUCGAAGCCGGGCUGGCUCUCAUUCACGACUCAAGUGCAGCUGGCCACAAUGUGAAGGACACUUCCUCGCUACGCCGCACAUUCCUGAUUGAGGAGUUGAUCAAGCCAACAAGAGAAAAUCAGGACGAGACGUUCAUCAAGUUUAUUCACAAUAAUCUUGCAGCACCGACUCCGACCAUCUGCUCCGACUCCCUGAACUAUGCUGUCGCCGAAUUCCUCUGCUUUACUCAACAUAUUCAGUACGAGAAGUCUGGGGGAAACGUCUUUCUGUCCGAUCUUCAGGGGUCUCCGAGUCGUCUUAGUGAUCCUCAGAUAAUGACAACUCCGGAGAUAAAGGAGCGCAUCUUCGGUGGUGGAAAUAUCCGGUCUGCUUUCCAGGAGUUCCCCACUCAGCAUAAGUGCUCCCGAUACUGCGAAUUCUUCAAACUCACUCCGUUGAGCACGACAUUUGAUGAACAGCAUUACUUGCCGUUCCUAGCCUCCAUAGCAUCGGGGUUGUUUGCGGACGCAUGCGUCUUCUCUGCGGAUCUGCACACGACGGUGCACAUACCCGAGGCCGACGCCAGGGUCCACGCGUUCGGUGUCUUCAAGACCCAUCCAGAGAUGUCCAUCCCGGAGCUCCAUGCGAAGCUCGAGGAGCUCAUGGAUUCGAUCAUGGAGAACGUGCCGAUCGCGAGGGCGAAUCUGGUGCAGCACUCGCUGUGGUUUCAGAAGACGGACGCCGUGUCACAGCACAUACGUAACAUCGGAUUCGGCGAUCCAAAGGACGAUAUCUUUGCCGUAAUUUUAGAGACUGAGACGAUGGAAAAGCUCAUCGAGGUGAUACAAGAUGAGACAUUCCAGGAAACCCUAAUCGAAGGGCUUAAAGACUGUCCACACCUCUUGGAAUGCUCGAUUUUCUCAGCGGAUGUUUUCCCGAAGUUGUGA